AUGAAGCGUUCCAAGUUUUGGUUACAAAUAUGUACUUUUUUUAUUUUUAUAACUAUUAUUAUAUUAUUUAAAUUAUAUAAAAAUGACAAAAAAUAUCAUAUUAUUGUUAAAGAGUUAAAUUUAAGAAAUAUAUUGAAGAAACAAAAUGGUAUUAAUCAAAAAGUUUUCUUACUACAUGAAACAUAUUUAAUUAUUGAUGAUCCAUUGUUUGGUAAUAAUACAGCCGUUUCUUUAUUUACUGGUGAUAUAAAUUUUCCCAAUUAUAAUAAAAUAUUGUGUCAUUCAAGAGAUGGAACAAUUUCAAAGGCAAAAAUUGAGUUGGCUGCACCAUUGUUUGUUAAUGAAGAUAAAUGUCAAUGGGCUGUUUUUAGAAGUGAGUGUAAUAUUGAAAAAAAUUCUUCAUACUUAUAUUUGUCUAGAGAGGUAAAUCAUGAAAAAUCUUUUGUUGAAGUAUUUUUAAAAAAACCUGAAAAACCAGUUGAUCUUGCGGUAUGUUAUGGACAUUCAUUUAUGUUGGAUGAGUGGCAAAAUCUUAUUGUUGCAAUUGAAUUAUACAAAUUUUUUGGUGCAUCAAUUCAACAACUUUAUUGGAGAUCAGGAAGAACAGAAAUAUACAAUUUAUUAAGGGAAUAUGAAAAUGAUGGUACUAUAAAAUUAGAUUUAUUUGGUCCUACUGUAAGUGAUGAAUUAACAAAAAUGCUUGGUUUUGAUAUUCAAUUAGAAAUACCAACAAGAAAUUAUAUUACUUCUAUAAAUGAUUGUUUGUUAAAAUAUAGAAAUGCUAAAUUUGUACUUGUUAUUGAUAGUGAUGAAUUGUAUAUUCCAAGAUUAAGUACAAAUAUAUUAAGUGAAUUAAAUUAUUUUUCACUUUUAAAUCCACAUGCUAAUUCAUUUGUAUUUGAUAGAUAUGAUGCAUCCUCAGAAAUGUAUAAAAAUCCUUCACUUUACAACAUUAAAUCAACAUUAUUAUCAUUAAAAAUUUCAGAACAUAAAAGAAAUCUUGGAAAAUCAGUAAUAAUUCCAAAAAAAACUAAAGGAACCCAUCAACAUUUUGGUUCAUAUUUUAAAUCAAAUACAAAUGUUGUUUCUAUUCCCUCAAAAUUAAACUAUAUAAUUCACAAUACUAAAGUUACAUUACUAAAUGACAAUGAAACAACAUACUUUAAUACAAAUGAAAUCAAAAAUCAUUCAAUAUUUUAUUGGUUAACUAUAGAAAAAAUAAAUGAAAUUAAUAAAUCAUUUAAUGAUAACAUAAAAAAUAACACUUUAUUUAAAAAUCUUAAUACAAAUUAUUUUUUUAAAAAUGAAGUGUUAACAUGUAAGAAAGAAUUAUUAGAAAAGUUGUGGCUUCGGAAUGAUGUUUGUAUUGAAAAUUAUAAUUAUUGCUCUUUUCCAGAAAUUUCUAAUGUUUCAUGCCUUUCAGCAAAAAAUAUUUAUAAAAUUUAUAAUCUUGAAAAUAAUCUUGUAAUGUUUAAAAAAACAAAUACAGUUGAAAUUUAUUCAAUGAAUGGUUGUAUGUAUUAA